UCCGUUCGCGGUCAGUUUUUUGUUGUUCUUUGACAAUUUAAUUUCUGCUUGUUUGCUGUUUGAUUAAAUUUAAUUGUUUUAAUUUUUGGUUUGAUAUUUUUGUGAAUUACCUUUGAUUGUCUCGAGUUUAUUGAUCCACUUUUGUCCUUCAGGGAAAAGGCUCUUCUUAAAACUAUGAGUGCUGGUCCAUCAAUUUUGAAGACCAAGGGAAGCCAUUCAGCCAACCAUUUAGCUUCUGGUGAAUUGGUCGCUGUUAAAACAGGUGACGAAUCUUUUUUUGAUUUCUCUGGAGCUCGGUCACUUGGAUCAAUAGAAAAUGAAGACAGUCAACCUCCAGUUAAAAGGAGAAAACAAGAUGCCAAGAGUGGUAAAGGAUUGAGACAUUUCUCUAUGAAGGUUUGUCAAAAGGUUAAAGACAAAGGAACAACAACUUACAAUGAAGUUGCCGAUGAGCUGGUUGCGGAAUUUUCCGCCGACCCUAUCGCUAGUAGAGCUGCUUUUUCGGGAAGAUACUCAGGUAAUGAUGCUGAGCCUUUUGACCAAAAAAAUAUUCGUCGUCGGGUUUACGAUGCGCUCAAUGUUCUUAUGGCAAUGAAUAUUAUUAGUAAAGAAAAGAAGGAGAUUAAAUGGAUUGGUCUACCAACCAAUGCUUCUCAAGAAGUUGUCGAAUUGGAAAAAGAAAAACAAGAAAGAUUAGAGAAAAUUAGUGCCAAGAAAGAGCAAUUAAGAGAUUUGCUUAUCCAACACAUCGCUCUUCGAAAACUAAUCGAAAGAAACAAAACUGAUCCCGUUGUCUCUUCGAACGCUAAAAUUCACCUUCCUUUUAUCAUUGUAAAUACCGAUAAACGCACGAUCAUUGAUUGUUCGAUUAGUAACGACAAGACAGAAUAUCUGUUCAAUUUCGACAAUGCCUUCGAAAUUCAUGAUGAUGUUGAAGUUCUCAAAAGAAUGGGAAUGGCACUUGGAUUGGAUCGAAAUGAUUUAGUACAAAUUGAUCGAGAUGCUUAUGAGAAAGCGAGAUCAUCACUACCUGAAGCUUUAAGAUCAAGUUUGGAUGAAAUGGUGGAAGAGAAAGGAAGUAUCAUCAUCAAUUGAUAGAAUUUCAAAGAAAAGACAAAAAAAAGAAAAGUAAAAUAUUGGAAGACACAAACAACAACUUUUUCUAAAGAAAAUCAAUUAAUUUUUUAGCCAUUAAACAUGGAGAAAAACAAUCAACAGCUUCGCGCCACGUGAAUAUAAUUAUACAUAAAUUACAUUAUAAAAUCUUAAUAUUAUUUGGAAACCAAUGUUCACACUUCUCAUCGCAUCUCUACCAAUUCACCAAUUCUGAGGCUUCAAAGCUCAUUCUCCAAAUCAAAACCAAACAAAAGCAAAAUUCAUCCUCCUUUUAAACCACUUUUACUGUUGGUUGUUGAUUUAAAACUCAGACAAAACCAUAACAUUUACUACAACAAUUAGACUCAACAAUUUUCAACCUUAAUUACUUAAUCAUUGAUUAAUCAGUUACAAGUGUAACCACUAAACAAAACCAACAUUCGAAUGAUAUUAAUUUUAUUACUUGUAAUUCGAUUCAAAUGAUUAACUAAAAAUAAAGAUUUGAAAUAAUUUUUGAUUAAA